AUGCAUCUGGCACUUCUCUUGUCCCUGGCCUUGGGGCUUGAGUCUGUAGUCGCUGGUCCUUGCAAGCCAAACUCUUUCAAAAGUCUGGGACUAUCCUCAACAUUGUCGACAGAUGCAACGAAAGCAACCGAGCAGUCAGACUCAACGACAACAACCAUUUCCGACUCCACUUUCUCUUCGACCUUUAGCUCUUCAGCGCCAUCAUCGGUAUCAACCGAGCAGACUGAGUUGACAGCAACAACGACGAUCGCGGUCUCGGAAUCCACUUCUGUAACUGAUCUUGGGUCUACGACUUCGGUCGCAUCGUCUGAUAUUUCUGUAACAACAUCAACUGAGGUCACCAGUACAUCGGUACUUGAUUCAUUUAUUUCGACAUCUGUUCUUUCGACGUCGGAUGAAUUGACAUCAUCGGCCGAUGCUUCGGUCACAACAUCAGCUCCCGCUUCAACAAGCACAACCAUAGAGUCUGCUGGGACUACAGAGUCUACCACGACAGAAGAGUCUACCAACGACUCCACGAUUUCUUCAACACAGAUCUCUACUGAUACAACACUGGAGGCAACAACGACUACAACCACCGAAGCACCAACCUCCACCACAAUUGUUGACGAAAUCUCUACAACAACCACUCUCCUGCCUAUUCCGACUUUGUUCACGUUGUCUGCUCAAGGUGGCCCAGCAGAUGGCUUGGUUAUACAUGGAAAUGGUCUACCAGAGUACUCUGUGUGGAUAGGUGCUUUCUUGACUUGGCCAACUGGCCUGUUUAAAUACGAAGAGGGUACCGGUCACGUAUCAGUUGAUGGGAACCUUCUAUGCGCUUUAUCCUACCAGGGAAACUUCGACUUUGUUUCAGUCAUAGUCUGUCCCACGACUUUACUGUUCUACCACGCGCCCUUGGUCUGUGAUCGACCGACUGACGGCAGCCUCAAGUGUAGCGUGGCUGUGAAGCUUUACAGCUGUGUCACAGGCAACGGCGGAACUCGUACUUGCACGACUACAGAUGCUUCUUGGAGUAACAUGUAUUCUUCUGCGCCUCUAUACGCGUCGAGCGGAACUUAUUAUCAGCUCAGGUUUGCCGCUGCUGACUGGGCCCAUGAUAGUCAGGUAUCCCCAAUUGGUCUAACGGUCUCGCCUUGGUAA